CGGUCGUUUUACGCGCAGCCAACACAGAGUCUCUCCCGCCACUCUCGUCUGACUCAGAUACGAACUCAGCGGGAUGGAGAACGUUCCUGCAGCGCUAAUCCACGACGGCGUCCUUCCCUUCCUCGACGCAGCGUCGCUCGGCCGUCUCGGGGCGACGAGUCGCUCUUGGCGCGACCAAGUGGCGUCGGCCCCUGCGUGGCGCACCUGCCUCCAGCGUCAGUUCGGUGUCCGUCUCGACGUCUAUGGUCCGUGCGAUCCGACGCUCUGGCAGCCCAUGAUGGCCAGCCUCGUCGCCGACGCCCGAGAGAUCCGGCACUCGGUGCACGCCAAGGACGUCCUGGCGAUUGCCGCCUCCAAGGCGCCGAUGCUACCGGUCUCGGGGGCGUCCAUUCGCCGCGAGAUCGUGCUCAUGCAAGGCUUGCGCCGGUUCCCGACCGACGCCGACCUCAUUGCAGCCUACGCCCGUGCGAUCCGCCAGCAGCUACAGCUUGUACAAAUAUAGACCCGUGUUCU